GGCUGGGGAACAAAGUUCCGCCGGGGCUUCAUGUGCCACAGCACGCAGGUGCGCGCGCUCCACAUCGGCGCACUGUUGUGCGAGCGAGCCCGACGCAUGCGCAGCAGAGGGUAGGCGGUCGCUGGCGCAGCCUUCGGUCAGGCUCAGUUCACGACGGCUCCUCCCUCUCCCGGCUGCCCAGCCCUCCCUCCCCCCUUCCUCUCCCGGCAGCGCGGCUGCUACACCGGGUAGGUUUCCAGUCACUAUGGCGGCUGCUGCUGGGAAGGUCAGAAGAAAGUUUUCGUUGUCGGCGGCCGCCUGAGAACGACACUGAGCGGGAGGCAUCCGGGCCCGGCUUCCAGGCCGCUCCCGUAGCCGGAGCAGGGCCAGCGGAGACCCUGCUCCUCAGGAGAGAGCGACAAACGGCAUCCCGAUGCGCAGCCACCUGCGGAGACCCUGAGCGGAACAGAUCCCUCCCCCUUUGGCCGGGCGGCGGGAGACCUCCGGGAUUCCUCCCUGAGACUUACUGUAGCUAGCCCCCGUGAGAGACACCCCUCCGCCCUCCUAAGGCGGCCCGCCUCAGUGAGACAUCCACCCAUUCUCCCCUCUCCCCAUCUGAGGGGCGAUCCCUUCUUCUGUCAGCCCAACCUUCGUGAGCGCCUGCAAAUCCCCUGGCUGCCACUCCUCUCCGAGUUGAGGAGGCCCUCACCCCUUCAUUCGUCCUGGAAGACCCUUCCUCCUAGUUUCUCUGGGGGUGCAGAAGAGUUUGAAGCCCCUCUCCACCCUUUAUCAAAUUCCAUACCUGAGUGACCAAUUGCAACUGUAGCCUCAGGUCAGUUUUUUCUGGUGUAGGGAAAGAGAACAGUGUAGCUUUGCUACCUCUAGUCCAGGACCACCCACGCUACUUUAUCUUAAUGUCUGAAGAAGAUGAAAUGUGGACUGCCAUGUGGAUCAGCUAAACUGACUGUCUUUUGUGGAGCGAAUGCUUCAUACGCAUUUUCCAGUUCUUGGUCUGGGCUGUGAGGCUGGCUGGAUGCUAAACGUUUUUUAUCCCCUGACUCCCGCCCCCUAAAUCUUUCCUUGUUUUCAUGCUGCGUUGGUCACAUUUUUGGUAAGUGCUGUUUACAGAACAAGAAGGAAAAAAAAAAAGAAGGCAGUCUGAAUCCCCAACACAAGUAUUUGUGUGUGACUCAUCUACUUGGAUUUAAAGACAUCUUCACCUUUGGGGAGUCUUGCUUCUCUUCUGUGAAGUCAGAUGUAUGUUCCUGCUCUUCCUGAUGAGCAUGGAUUGAAAGUUGCGCCUUCUAGAUUUUUUCCAGGGUGCUGCUGAUACUGUUGAAGGACAUAAUGGGGCUUUUUCACUGGAUUAUUGCCAGGAUCAGUUUACACACUGCAACAAUGAGUUGUUAGGCAUCUCAUGUACAGGUAACAUUUGUCCUGCUUUAAUGUAAAAUUGUGGGGGAGAUUUGGGAUAAAAAUUUUUGGAAGGCAGUCUGGAUCAGGAAGAGUUUCUCUUCAUCCCUGUUUGGCGUGAUAUCCGCAAUCUGUCCUCGAUGCCUUCAGCCUUGGCUAUCUUCACUUGCCGCCCGAACUCUCACCCAUUUCAGGAGCGUCAUGUCUACCUGGAUGAGCCUGUCAAAAUCGGCCGUUCAGUGGCUCGCUGCCGGCCAGCUCAGAAUAAUGCUACUUUUGACUGUAAAGUGUUGUCCAGGAACCAUGCCCUUGUCUGGUUCGACCACAAGACAGGCAAGUUCUAUCUUCAAGACACUAAGAGUAGUAAUGGUACCUUCAUAAACAGUCAGAGAUUGAGUAGAGGAUCUGAGGAAAGCCCACCAUGUGAGAUUCUGUCUGGUGACAUCAUCCAGUUUGGUGUAGAUGUGACAGAGAACACGCGGAAAGGUAAGGUUACCCAUGGAUGUAUAGUCUCCGCAAUAAAACUAUUUCUCCCAGAUGGUAUGGAAGCCCGAUUACGAUCAGAUGUCAUCCAUGCUCCAUUACCAAGUCCUGUUGACAAGGUUGCUGCUAACACUCCCAGUAUGUACUCUCAGGAACUGUUUCAGCUUUCUCAGUAUCUACAGGAGGCCUUACAUAGGGAACAAAUGUUGGAACAGAAGUUGGCCACCCUUCAGCGACUGCUUGCUGUCACACAAGAGGCUUCAGAUACUAGUUGGCAGGCUUUAAUAGAUGAAGACAGACUACUAUCAAGGUUAGACGUCAUGGGAAACCAAUUACAAGCCUGUUCAAAAAAUCAAACAGAAGAUACUAUACGAAAAGAACUUGUAGCAUUACAGGAAGACAAACACAACUAUGAGACAACAGCCAAAGAGUCCCUGAGGCGGGUCCUUCAGGAGAAAAUUGAGGUGGUCAGAAAACUCUCUGAAGUGGAGCGAAGUUUAAGUAACACUGAAGAUGAAUGUACUCACCUGAAAGAAAUGAAUGAGCGGACUCAGGAAGAAUUAAGAGAAUUAGCAAACAAGUACAAUGGAGCUGUAAAUGAAAUUAAAGACCUCUCUGACAAACUAAAGGUGGCAGAAGGAAGACAAGAGGAAAUCCAACAGAAGGGGCAGGCAGAGAAAAAGGAAUUGCAACAUAAAAUAAAUGAAAUGGAAGAGCGAGAACUAGAGCUUCAGGCAAAAAUAGAAGCUUUGCAAGCAAAUAAUGAUUUCGCCAAUGAACAGCUAACUGCUUUACAAGUACGGUUAGAACACCUUCAAGAGAAAACUCUUAAAGAACACAACAGCUUAGGGAUACAAGUUGAUGACUUCAUACCUAAAAUUAAUGGGAGUGCAGAAAAAGAGCACUUUCUUUCAAAGAGUGGAGGGGACUGCACUUUUAUUCAUCAGUUCAUAGAGUGCCAGAGAACUGGAGUCAGUUCCCUCCAUUUGCACCAAAAUGCUGGGCAUACCGCAGGAUGGCACCAUAGGCACCAACCAUUGAUCCCAGACAAGUUCAUAGACGAAGGACAUCUAACCAAAGUGGAAGAAACAAAGCUUUUGAGAGAAAACCAAGCAAGAGCAAAAGAAUCUGAUUUGUCAGAUACUCUUAGUCCAAGCAAGGAGAAAAGCAGUGACGACACUACAGAUGCCCAAAUGGAUGAACAAGAGCUAAAUGAACCUAUUGCUAAAGUGUCUCUUUUAAAAGAUGAAUUACAGGGUGCACAAUCAGAAACAGAGACUAAACAAGAAAUUCAGCAGCUGCACAAGGAGCUGAUUGAAGCCCAAGAGCUAGCUAGAACAAGUAAACAAAAAUGCUUUGAACUUCAAGCACUACUGGAAGAAGAGAGAAAAGCAUACCGGCUGCAGGUUGAGGAGUCCACCAAGCAAAUACAGUUUCUGCAAGCCCAGCUGCAUAGGUUGCAGGGAGAUAUUGAGAAUCUUCGUGAGGAAAAGGAGAAUGAAAUUUCAAGCACUCAAAAUGAAUUGUUAAGUGCUCAAGAUGAGAUUUUGCUACUUCAACAAGGGGCAGAAAAGGCUGCAUCAGAACGAGAAACUGAUAUUGCUGCUUUGCAAGAAGAGCUGCAGGAGGUGCGGGCUGAACUUGAACGCUGGCGGAAAGAAGCUUCAGAAUACGAAAAAGAAAUUGUCAAUCUUCAAGCCAGUUUCCAGCUGCGAUGUCAGCAGUGUGAGGAUCAGCAGAGAGAGGAAGCUACUCGUUUACAAGGUGAACUUGAAAAGUUGAGAAAGGAGUGGAGUGAUCUAGAAGCUGUAUGCCACUCCUUAAAGAAUGAGAAUACUUUGCUUGCAUCUGAACUUCAACGACAAGAGAAGGAGCUUCAUAGUUCUCAGAAACAGAGUUUAGCGCUAACCAGUGAUCUAAGUGUUCUUGAAAUGACCCGAAAGGAACUUGAAAAUGAGGUGGGAUCUUUGAAGGAACAAAAUCAACGCGAUGCAGCUAGUCUAAAAACUCUACUCAGUGAAGCUGAGAAUCAAGCAAAGGACGUUCAGAAAGAGUAUGAAAAGACACAGACUGUACUCUCAGAGCUGAAGUUGAAGUUUGAGAUGACUGAGCAGGAAAAGCAAUCAAUCACAGAUGAGCUCAAACAAUGUAAAGACAACCUGAAGCUGCUACAAGAAAAAGGAAACAAUCCUUCCAUAUUACAACCCGUCCCAGCCGUAUUCAUCGGCCUAAUCCUGGCUUUCCUGUAUUGGUGUUACGGCCCAUUGUGGUAGAGAAAGAGACAAUGGCCUUGGAUGCCUCUGAUGGCAGCUUUGGUUGCUGUAACAGCUGUGGUGCUGUACCCAGGCCUAACCAGAGCUUCUUCAUGAGAACUGUUGUUGAAUCCAUUCACCGUCCUCCCUUUAGAAGCUGGCAUCACUCACAUACUGGGGGAAAAACAGAUUAAUUCUCUUCCUUUUUACCUCUUAAUACAACAAAGCUCUGCACGAGAACAGUAGUAGGGUCAUUUGCUUUAAACUGUAUAAAAUGUAUCUGUCUAUAAAGAGGGAAUAAAAUUAUGACUUCA